CCUAGCUACCAGCCAGAUAAACACUGAGCGGUGGCUUGCGGACUAACAGCAGUAACAUGGCGGCACAGUUAGCCAGCGCUAAUGUAGUUCCACCGCCGCCUUUGCGAAGGUCAGCUCAGCCCGUGACGUGUGGACUCUAACUCCGAAGAGGACAACUUGAGUAUUAACACCGUGCAGAAGUGGACGAUGCUUAGAGCUUUCCUGAUGUUGCAGUCUUGCAGCGAUGGCCCGAGGGACUCUGCGCACUGAAACCAAGAGGCUGACUAUGCAUUGAGGAUGAGCGGCGUCGGUGAAAACUCGUCCGACCCUGCCAGGGCAGAGUCGUGGAAACGUAAAGAAUGUUCUGCUGAACUUCUUGGACCCAGUCCCAAGCGGAGCAACGAGAAACGCAACCGCGAGCACGAGAACAAGUACAUCGAGGAGCUCGCCGAGUUGAUCUUCGCCAACUUCAACGACAUCGACAACUUCAAUGUCAAGCCCGACAAAUGUGCCAUACUGAAGGAGACCGUGAAGCAGAUCAGGCAAAUAAAGGAGCAAGCAGAGAAACCGGCCACCGCCAACGAGGAGGAGGUGCAGAAGGCCGACGUGUCGUCGACGGGCCAGAGUGUGAUUGACAAAGAUGCCUUGGGACCCAUGAUGCUGGAAGCCCUGGACGGCUUCUUUUUCGUGGUGAACAUGGAGGGCAACAUCGUGUUCGUGUCUGAAAACGUGACGCAGUACCUGCACUACAACCAGGAGGAGCUGAUGAACACCAGCGUCUACAGCGUGCUGCACGUCGGUGACCAUGCCGAGUUCAUCAAGAAUCUGCUGCCCAAAUCCCUCGUGAACGGCGUGCCGUGGUCCAGCGAGGGUCCGAGGCGCAACAGCCACACCUUCAACUGCCGAAUGCUGGUAAACCCACAUAGCGAGAGCCUGGAGCAGGCGCACGAGCACGAGCCGCAGCAGCAGCAGAAAUACGAGACCAUGCAGUGCUUCGCCGUGUCAGAGCCCAAGUCCAUCAAGGAGGAAGGAGAUGACUUCCAGUCGUGCCUGAUAUGUGUGGCUCGCAGGGUCCCCAUGAAGGAGAGGCCAAUGAUGCCCACGCACGAGAGCUUCACCACACGCCAAGACCUCCAAGGCAAGAUAACCUCCCUGGAUACCAGCCUGCUGCGGGCCUCCAUGAAGCCGGGCUGGGAGGAUCUGGUGCGUCGUUGCAUCCAACGUUUUCACCUGCAAAACGAUGGGGAGAUGUCCUUCGCCAAACGGCAUCAGCAAGAAGUGCUUCGCCAUGGCCAGGCGUUCAGCCCCAUCUAUCGCUUCUCCCUCUCGGAUGGAACCAUUGUGUCGGCCCACACCAAGAGCAAACUGGUGCGCUCCCACGCCACCAAUGAACCCCAGCUUUACAUGUCCCUGCACGUUCUCCAGAGGGAGCAGACUGUGUGCGGCAUGGGCCAGGACAUGGGUCCUGGCGCCCAGGCCACAGGCAUGGCUCCCAAGCCCAUGAACUCCUCCACCCCCUGCAUGACUCCUCCAACCCCGGGCAGCUUGCCCGGCGCAGGACCUCAGGGCCAAGACAUCAGCAACAGCACGCCUUUCUCCCCUCCGGGCCCAGCUGGCCCCAGAGAGCCGGCAGCCAUGGGGGGCCACAUGCAGGGCUACCGCUACGGCUGCCCCCCGCCACACAGUCACGUGGGGGGGAUGCAGCCGCCACAGCAGGGCCAGAACUGGAGAAUGAACAGUCCCUCCCGUGCCAGCCCCAGUCCGGUCGGCGGCCCCCAUCCGCCUCAGCAGAACUGCAUGCUCUCCCCCAGGCAUCGCGGCAGCCCUGGGGGGGCGGCCAGCCCACGUGUCGGCCUCCACUCUCCCUCCCCGGUGGGGAUAGGUGGUGGCGCGGCUAGCAGCCAUGGCAACAGCUACACGAGCAGUUCUCUGUCAGCCCUACAGGCCCUAAGCGAGUGUCACGGAGUCGGUCACGGACACACGCUGGGGUCUCCAGAUCGGAGAAUCGGCUCCCCGGCGAGCGUCCCGCCGGGAUCGGGGGCUAAUCUCAUGUCGAGACCGGGUGCCGCGGACUCUCUUGAAGCGGGGCAGGGUGGACACACGCCGGGUCCGACGGAAAGCAACCUGGCCGACCCAAAAGACGAGCGUGAGGAUGACACACACACUCGUCUUCACGACAGCAAGGGCCACACCAAACUGCUGCAACUGCUCACCACCAAACCUGAGCCUCUGGAGACGCCCCUGUCCCCCAACGCAGGGACAGAAGGAAAAGACGGGACCGGGGUCCGUGGUGGCCUCUCCGGAGUGACUACACACGCCACAUCCCUCAAGGAGAAACACAAAAUCCUCCACCAGCUGCUCCAGAACAGCACGUCUCCCGGGGACCUGGCCAAGCUCACGGCGGAGGCCACCGGUAAGGAGCUGGGCCAGGAGCAAGGCCAGGGUGCUUCUGGGGCAGAUGGUACCCCCAAGCAGGAGCCCAUGAGUCCUAAGAAGAAGGACAACGCUCUUCUCCGCUACCUACUGGACAAGGACGAUGGCGGGCUGAAGGACAAGACACCCAAGCUAGAGCCCGGGGAGGUGAAAGUGGAAGGGGGGAAACACCCACUUGUCAAAACGGAGAAACCAGACGUUGGGUACGAUCAAGCUGAACAGUCGUCUGAGCUGGACGACAUCUUGAACGACCUGCAGAAUGCCCAGCCACAGCUGUUUUGCGAGCCGCGGCCCGUCUCCCUGCCCAGCCCUAUGGACAAGCAAAACAUCAUCAACGACAUCCUGCAGAUGUCCGAGAACAGCCCGGCCGCAGUAGCGCAGCAUCCACAACACAAGAAUGUUACCAGUGGCAUGGGUCCAAACAAUUUCGGGGGCAUGCGGCCGGGCCCGCUGGGCAGGGGCGUGCCGGCGAGGAGUGUGUCGCUGGAGAUUGGCGCGUCACCGCAGUACCCCAUGAGGACCGCCAGCCCGUACACACUAGUUCAACAACAGCAGCAAGGCAUGGUGGGAGGGCACGGCAUGAUGGCGAGCCAGGCCAACAUGGUGGUCCCAGGACUCGUGGGUCCAGGCGCGCCUCGGCCGGGUAUGCAGCAGCAGCAGCAGGAGGGCUGGGCGUGCUCAGCCUCGGCUCCCCAGCUGGCCCAGGGUAGGAUGGGCCACAGCGGCGCUCCCAUGAGGCCAGGCGGGCAGCCAGGGCCUCGGCAAAUGCUCCAAACCUCCAUGAUGCCCAACGCCCAACCUGACAUGGACAUCAGUAUGGUCGGCCACUUCUCACAGCAGCAGCAGCAGGCGCCGCCCAAUCAGACAGCGCCAUGGCCGGACAGCAUGAUGCCCAUUGAGCAGACGGCUUUCGUCAACCAGAACAGGUCGCUGCCCCAGACUCCUCAGGAGGACUUGUUGUGUAGCAUGGGCCUCGGUGGGGGCGAAGCGGGGCCGGUGGACGAAGGGGCCCUCAUGUCUCAGCUGUACACGGCACUGAAGGAUUUCGACGGCCUGGAGGAGCUGGACCGGGCGCUCGGCAUCCCUGCUCUGAUAGAACGGGUAAACUCUGAGGUUUCCAUACCUUUUCCACGACCCUUUCAGAACCAGACGCUAGACCAGGACCAGUUCCCACAGGACCCAUCCUCUAUGAUGCUGGAGCAGAAGCCCCCCAUGUACGCCCAGCAACAGUUUGGCCCGCCUCAGUCCCACAUGGCGCAGAGGGGCUACCCUGGCGCCCCCAUGCAAGAGCCGGGCUUCCACCCCAUGGCAGGCCAAAUGGCUCCGCGUCCCGGUUACCCGAUGAUGAGGAUGCCGGCCCGGCCGGGACUAAGGCCCAGCGGAGUGGUCCCCAACCAGCCCAACACGCUUCGGCUACAGCUGCAGCACCGGCUACAGUCGCAGCAGAACCGACAGCCAAUGAUGACUCCGAUGAGUAGCGUGUCAAAUGUGAACCUACCUCUAAGAUCCAACGCUCCCAAUCAGGGGACCAUCAACGCCCAGAUGCUGGCGCAGCGUCAGCGCGAGCUGUUGAGCAACCACCUGCGACAACGGCAGCAACAGCAGCAGCAGGUCCAGCAGCAGCAGCAGAGGAGCAUGGCCAUGCGGGCGCAGGGCCUCAACCUGCCGCCCAACAUGACUAACCCGCGGAUCCCCCAGGCCAACCCCCAGCAGUUCCCCUACCCGCCCAGCUACGGUACCGGUACAGGCCUGGCCUCGCCACCUCCCCCUAGCAGCCCCUUCUCCUCCUCCUCGCCUCUCUCCUCCCCCAGCCUGCCGUCUCUCCCCGCCAACCCCCAGCUACACUUGCAUGGCACCUCCUCCUCUUCCUCUUCCACCUCCUCCUCCUCCCAGCAGAUGAUGAUGGGAAACACAAACAUGAUGGGCGGACAGUACGGGGCGGUACUCAGCCCCCAAAUGCAGCACAGUGCCUUUCAGUUUCCCAACUCAGCAGGUAUGAGCCAGCAAGCAGAGGGUGGCUUCGGGGGUCCGGGUGCGCCGCCCAGCCCCCUCCUAUCCCCGCGGGUGGCGCAUGCCCAGCAAUCUCCCAUGAUGCAGCAGGGCCCGGGCGGCACCCCUUUCCAGGGCUCGCCCGACAUAAACGGCUGGACGCAGGGCAACGUGGCAGGGAGCAGUAUGUUCUCACAGCAGCAGCAGCAGCAGAAUAACGGCAGCAUGUACAACGGCGUCACCGGACUGGGCCAGAUGGGCGUCACGUCCAUCUCCUCGCCCGGCUUACCCUCCAUGGGACAAGAGCAGAAAUACUGUUGACUCGUACUGAGUUGGACCUCAGCUGGAUCAAUUUAAGGAAAGAAAAAAAAAAAAAGUGUACAAACAUGUAAGCAACCCACAGCCCUCCAAGAUUAAAAAAUACAGCCAAGCUUCUGUCUGCAUUCACCGUCGUGUGACUUACUGAAGGCCCCGGGUACUAGGCGGGACCCCCCCUCCACAAUCCCCUUUUUGCCCUGAUGAAUGUAUUCCUCUCAGCGGACUGCGGCUAUUUACAAUCUCAUCUCAAAUAUUUAAGAGAGAAGAAAAAAAACAGACUGUCUUGGCGGUUUCCCCCAGAAAAACUUUAGCCGCGUUUGCCUUUUUUAAGCUGUUCCUUAUUGUAUGACGACGGUUAUUAAUAUUAUCCGGGGGGG